AUGUUGGAACUCGCAGAGAUCAAUCUGCAAAAGUAUCAGAUUUCAGAACUGUUUGGAUUUCUCCCAGCGCAACCUCCUUUGUCCCGUCUACCUCACUCUUGCUACCAGAUCUGGGAGGACACCCUGGACGAGUUUGCUUCGCCUUGCAAAUAUGAAAGUAUUCGGCAGCAGAUGGAUAAUAUGCCAGUGCUAUCCACGGAGGCUUUGGCCACAGAGCCCGAGUGGCGCAGGGCGUAUGUAGUCCUGUCCAUAAUGUCGCAGAUUUACAUAUGGGUCGGCUAUCAACCAAGCAAGAAGCUUCCGAGAUCUCUCACUCUUCCCCUUCUAGAGGUGUCUGCACACCUUGGGGUCGAGCCCUGCGCCUCUUACGCUAGCUUUUGUUUAUGGAAUGUACGCCCCGUGCCGGGUCUGGACUAUCCGGACGCAGAUGUAUACACCAAUCCGGAGAAUCUGACCAUCAUCAAUUCCUUCACUGGGACCAAGGACGAGGAAUGGUUCUUCUGUGUCUCGGCGUCGAUCGAGGUCAUUGGAGGCCGUAUGAUACCCAAGAUGCUGGACGCCAUUGACGCUGCUCGGAACGGACGCCGUGAGCAAGUCACCGAGUUCCUAAACGAGCUCGCCGGUUGCCUUGCGCAGAUAGACGCCACCCUUGGCAGGAUGUACGAGAAGUGCGCGCCGUCGGUGUUCUACUAUCGUGUGCGCCGGUUUCUCACUGGCAGCAAGAGCAUGGGGGGAGUAUGGUACGAGGAUAUCGACAGGCCUGGUGACCUGCGCAGCUACGCCGGGGGAAGCAAUGCGCAGAGCUCUCUCAUCCAGCUCUUGGAUAUGGUGCUCGGUAUCGACCACUGGAACGAGGGUGGAAAUAAAGCAUCCACGUCUGCUGGCUCCUUUCAUCGCCAAAUGCGUGGCUAUAUGCCAGGACCGCAUCGAGACUUUCUCCAACUAAUGUCCCGCGUCGCGAAUAUCCGCCCCUUUGCUCUGGGUCACCCGGCCGGCUCGGAUAUUCGAGCUGCGUAUAAUCGCGCUGUCACCGCUCUGGGGCAGAUUCGUCAGAAGCAUUUGGUCAUGGCUGCACGGUAUAUCAUUGCCCCUGCCCUGAAGGAGAACGGCAAAGAUGGAGUAGAGGUCUUAAGAGGGACUGGCGGAACCGACUUUAUACCCUUAUUGAAAGACGCAAGGGACAGGACCGUUGAGAGGAUAUCUUCCGGGGUUUGUACAAACUGUUAG